UUUCACAAUUAGACCAGAUAGAAGAGAGAUCUUUUAUAAUUUUAGAACAGCUUUGUUCCAGUUACAACCGGGGGAUACGUGAAUCCAUUAAUUAAAUAAAAUGCUGAAACAAAUAACUAAACAGUUGGCGAUGCACUCGUUGCGAAAUUUUUCAACCACUGGACAGAAUAACUUCAAAGUGGCUGUAUGUGGGGCAUCUGGUGGCAUUGGGCAACCAUUGUCAUUAUUACUAAAACAAAAUCCUUUAGUCAGUGAUUUACGACUAUAUGAUAUAGUUCAUACGCCCGGAGUAGCAGCAGAUCUAUCUCAUAUUGAUACUAAAAGCGGCACUGCUGGGUUUAUGGGUCCAGAUGAAAUUUCUGGGGCACUGGACGGUGCUGAGGUCGUCGUUAUACCUGCUGGCGUUCCUCGUAAACCCGGCAUGACUCGUGACGAUCUUUUUAAUGUUAAUGCAGGAAUUAUUAGAGACAUAGUUAGGGUCAUCGCUGCAAAAUGUCCUAAAGCCAUGAUCGCAGUCAUCACAAAUCCUGUUAACACAUGCGUACCUAUUGCGGCUGAAAUAUUGAAGAAGGCAGGUGUAUAUGAUCCCAAACGCCUAUUUGGGGUGUCCACUUUGGAUGUUGUACGGGCUAGAACCUUUAUUGGAGAAGCCGUUGGUGCUGAUCCCCAGAAAGUUCACAUUCCGGUGAUUGGCGGUCACUCUGGUAUAACUAUUAUCCCGGUCUUAUCUCAGUCGCAACCUGCCUUUAAAGGUGAUCAGACAGCUAUUGAAAAGAUGACAGUGCGCAUACAAGAAGCUGGUACGGAGGUAGUUAAAGCUAAGGCUGGUGCAGGUUCGGCUACCUUAUCUAUGGCCUAUGCCGGGGCCCGUUUUGCCAACUCACUGCUCAGGGGAAUGAGCGGUGAAAAAAAUGUAGUAGAAUGUUCGUAUGUACAAUCCAACGUUACAGAAGCUAGCUUCUUUGCAACGCCUUUGGUUUUGGGUAAGGACGGCAUUCAAGAAAACUGUGGUUUGCCUAACUUAAAUGAUUUUGAGAAAAAGCUAUUAGUUACUGCCUUACCAGAACUUAAGAAGAAUAUACAAAAAGGUGUUGAUUUUGCCAAAAGCUAAACUGCUAAUCUACUAACAAUGUUCGUAUGCCAGCACCUUAUAUAUAUACAUACUUAUAAAUUUUAAGGCUACCUUAACUUCGUUCGCAAAUUCGACCUUAAUAUGUAACACCAGUCAGCAUUGGAAAAGUAGCAAAGAUAGGAGCACUUUUCCGCGAUUUGAUAGUUCAAUUUUUUUUUUGCAAUCUUUUGUAUUUUUAUCCAAAUAUUUUUGAUGUGGUUUUAGUUAAAUUCUGUUUUACUUUAAGAUGUAAAGUUAAUCUAAUAAAUGAAGAAGAACGAUGUAGAAGGGCAUUUGGACUAAUA